AUGCCGGAGCUUAAGUUGGACUUUUCAAAAUCGUUACUUGGUCAAACACAAGUCGAAGUACGGGAUGAGCAGACAUCAGCAUCUAAAUUGGACAACUCCUCAUCAGAUCUAAAUACAGUAUUGAAGAAAGAUAUAGAAUAUUAUGGCUCCAUAGAUGCUGUCUCUCCGAAGGUAAUUGUUUUGUCGAAUGGUAAAAAGGUGAAGUUGAAGCCCCGUAAAAAAGAAGGUUCUCAAAAAAAUGCCAGGAAAAGCACCUCAUCAUUAGAUGCGGAUAUAGCCAGAGAAAUGGGUGUGCUAGUGAACAUGGAACAACUGAGAAGAAAACUCAAGAUUAGGCAGAUUGUAGAGGCACAGGAGCCGGACUUUUCAAAUCGGUUUGUUACCAAGUUUGGAAAUGAUGUGAGCAAUAGUGAAGGAGAACCCAAAAGGAAGAAGCAGAGGACAGUAACCUUUAGAAGCAGGAUGGGAAACACGAUGUGGACAGAAAAAUACAGGCCACAGACAUUCUUUGAUCUUCUUGGAAACGAGCGCACGAACCGGAGAAUUCUUUCUUGGCUCAAUCAGUGGAAUGAAGUGGUAUUUAAGAGGCCGACACCGGAUAUGAUGAUUCCCGAGUUUAUGGCAUUAAAAGAGCAACAUGGUGAGCCAAGAAGUGGCCAGGGCAGAUCUAAUUUACAGAAUGGCGAUGGGGAGGAAAACCGGGAUCCAUUCAACAGGCCGUAUCACAAAAUUAUGCUCAUUUAUGGACCACCAGGAACAGGAAAGACAUCCAUAGCGCAUGUUAUUGCAAAUCAAUUGGGAUACGAGGUUUCUGAGAUAAACGCAAGUGAUGAACGGGCAGGAGCGGAAGUUCGUGCAAGGGUGCGUAAUGGACUUCAAAAUCGGAGUCUUAGUGGAAAGCCAACAUGUUUAAUUGCGGAUGAGAUUGAUGGAGCUAGUGAGCAGGGGUUUAUCCGGUAUCUUACGAGUGUUUUGUACCGUGAUGAGCAUGCUACAGCUCAGUUAAGGAAAGGAGGGACGUUAGACGGCGCUAAAAACAAUAAAGGAGGUGGGAAAGCACGUCAGAUCCUUCGUAGACCAAUGAUCGCUAUUUGCAAUGAUGCGUACGCCUCAUCUUUGGAAAAGUUACGGCCUCUUUGCGAGAUGGUGGCAUUCAAAAAAUCGAAUACCAGGCAGAUUAAGACACGCUUACGGGAUAUUUGCAGCAAAGAGGGCCUUGGAACUGUUGACGAGAAAGUUUUGGAUGCUGUUGUUGAGUGUAGUAGCGGAGAUUUGCGAAGUUGCAUCAAUUUCUUCCAGUUUCACGGUUCUAGCUGCUUGACUACGAGUUCAGAGCAGUCUACUUUUGAAAAUGAGGCAAAAGGCAGAGACGGCAUAACAGAUGACGCAAUGAAAGAUACACAAAUCGCGUGGUAUUUGCUUGCGAGUGAGAUUUUCAACCGAAAAGGCAGGACCAGCAAACCAGCACAACGUAAGAAAAUACAAAGCUUUGUUCUCUCUCUACCCCAUAAUCAGCUUCAGCGUGUUGUGAGUGCUUGCUUCAAUGCAAUACUUGAAUGCAGUAGUACCGGGCUUAAAAAGCUUGAAGAAACGUCUAGAUGGCUGUAUUUUGGUGAUGUGGUUUCGAGAAAAUGCCGGGCUUUUACCGGAAGAGCGGAAAUAGGAACUUAUGAGGGUGCAGUGAUCAACGAAGUGUUUGAAAAGUUCAACGAUGUCGAUGUUUUCUCUUCUGCACGUGCAAAUAAUGGCGGAAGACUCCACUUCGGAACACGUGAUACUUUUGGUGACAUGAAAAACCAGACACGCGAGACCAUGCAAAGAAUUAGCAAGAGCCCCCAAUUGAGGCUUUCGGUUGAUGAGCUUUCAAUUUUAAGCUCGAUUGUGAUCCCCACCGGUGUCUCGUUGCAAGAAUUUUCGAGUUCUGCAGAUAAAGUUGAUCAUGCGGUUAGCGUUGCACGAAAGCUCGGUUUCCAUUACGAGACAAAGUCCACGAGGGGUAAGGACGGGGAAUUCAGCAACUUCCACGAUAAAACACACAUCAUGGUACCUAACUUGGCAGUCUUUUUGAUGUCUCAAAGCACGGUUUCGAAGCAGGAAGCGGUGAUUCAAAGGUUACAAAGACACUACUUGCGUCGGAGAGAGGCACAAAAAGCAUUGGAAGAAAGAGAGCGUAAAAGAGAAGCGGCAGAAGCUGCAAGAGGUAUUGUUUCGGAGAAAAACGGUGCUGUGAGAGGGAAAACAUUGAGCUCAGCCGAAUUUUUCAAAAAGAAGUAUAGCGAGAUGUCUACAAAGUUGAGCCAUGGACAAGAAAAGGGGGAUGCUGGGACGAAAAAGGUCGCCAGAGGACUAGGAAUGCUGGCAGUCAUCAGGAAGAAGAGUUCCGGAGGGAAUGGCAAUGCCGACGGAGAAAGAAAAGAAAAAGGUGUGAUGAGUGCAAAUGCAAACAGAAUCUGGAUCAAGUACCACGAAGGUUUCAGCAAUGCUGUGAGAAAGGAGAUUACGUGGAGCCAUUUGUUUGGAUGA